GCAGCUUCGAGCGCGGCUCCGGUCUGAACGCGACCCGUGGCAUGUUCCGGGCGCCCCUGAGCGGACUGUACCUCUUCUUCGCCACGGCUUUCGCAACCAGGCCGACGUCUGCGAGGGCUCUGCGCAAACAGUUGGAAACGUCCGCCAACGACGCGUCGCUCCUGGUGUGCGUGAACGCGAGGUGCCAAAAGAACCUGUCCCUCCGCACUACGAGCGAGUUCAGUGAUGGCGAGUACACCAUGUCCCUGGCGGUCAACGGGCCCCUGAUGCUUCGGGCUGGCCAAGUCGUCUCGCUGUGGUUCCACAACCGCACACCGUAUCAGAUCACCAUCCACGAAGGAUCGCAGUUCAGCGGCUUUCUGGUUGGCCUCUGAAGAUACCAUGCACGAAGCCUGUCCAUGUGACAAUCACUAUCAUUAUUAUUCUUUGCUCAAGCUCAACAGUGCGCGGUACUUUGUUAGUAAUACUAAGUGCUGCAAAUGCAUACGUUAGGCACGUGCGCUCCGUCGUUUAUGCAUUUUCUUUACUCUAGAGCUACAUGUAAUCAUAUCGUUCGGUCUUUGAGUCAGCGUUAUACAAGGCAAGAUGAUUUAGAAACAAUGCUUUAUCAUUAUAUGUACUUGCCAACUCCUCGAAUAACUUCUACUCCACUUCUUUAGGGGAAUGAAUUUUUCGUUACUAAUCCGACUUAUCGUGUAAUAAAAACGGACUCUUCAUGUUCUGGUAAACUCGGCUGAUCGGCUGCGUUGUUACGGCAAUGAAUUCAUGCUUCAGUUCCAGAAAUUAUGGAGAAAU